UAAUGUUACCAGCUCCGAGAGAGUGAGGAGGCUGCGUAUCGAUCCCGCUCACAGCCAUUGCAGUGCAUUGGGCUAGAUACGAGAUCUAGGCAGCCUUGGUGGCCAGUGCGCGUGUUUGUGGCUUGUGAACGGAGGUUUCGAGGACUCGAGAGUGUGACAAGAGGAAUCAUCAAAAAUGGGCAAAGGUGAUCCUAAAAAGCCAAGAGGUAAAAUGUCCUCAUAUGCCUUCUUUGUGCAAACUUGCCGGGAAGAGCACAAGAAGAAACACCCAGACGCUUCAGUGAACUUCUCAGAGUUCUCAAAAAAAUGUUCAGAAAGGUGGAAGACUAUGUCUGCUAAGGAGAAAGGGAAGUUUGAAGAAAUGGCAAGAGGUGACAAGGUUCGUUAUGAAAGAGAAAUGAAAAAUUACAUACCACCUAAAGGAGAAUCAAAAAAGAAGUUCAAGGACCCAAAUGCACCAAAGAGGCCUCCUUCAGCAUUUUUUUUGUUCUGCUCUGAGUUUCGUCCAAAAAUCAAAGGCGAGCAUCCUGGCCUUUCUAUUGGGGAUGUUGCAAAGAAACUUGGAGAGAUGUGGAAUGGUACUGCUGCAGAUGAUAAGCAACCUUUUGAAAAGAAGGCUGCUAAACUGAAGGAGAAAUAUGAAAAGGAUGUUGCUGCAUACCGGGCUAAAGGAAAGCCUGAGCCAGCCAAAAAAAUAGCCCCUAAGCCUGAGAAGAGCAAGAAAAAGGAAGAGGAAGAUGAUGAUGACGAUGACGAUGAGGAGGAUGAAGAUGAAGAGGAGGAGGAAGAGGAGGAAGAUGAAGAGGAUGAUGAUGAAUAAGCCUCUCAUAGAUCACUUUCUUGUCUAUAAAAGCAUUUAACCCCCCUGUACACAACCCACUCCUUUUAAAGAGAAAAAAAUUGAAAGAUAAGGCUGUGUAAGAUUUGUUUUUAAACUGUACAGUGUCCUUUUUUUUUUGUAUAGUUCACACACUACCGAAUGUGUCUUUAGGUAGCCCUGUCUUUUAGUGGUAUUUCGGUAGCCACUAACAUUGCCUAGUACAGUAUGGGGGUUGUAAAUUGGCAUGGAAGUUUAAAGCAGGUUUCUUGUUGGUGCACAGCACAGAUUAGUUAUACAUGGGGAUGUAGUUCAUUAUUCAUCUUCAUUUGUCUCCGGGUAAUAAAAAUAAUAGUUGUUCUGUUAACGAAAUACCACUCUGUAAUUGAAGAAAGAAAAAAGUUGUAGCUGUUGACAUUCUGAUUGCUUCUAAGUAAAUGCAAUUAAAAAAAAAAAGUAUUGUCCAUUUAAUAGGUCCCCUUGUAAAGACAAUUCCCGCUCCCUGUCCCCCCCCCCCUUCCUGUAGAGAGCUCAUCCUUUGUUAUGCCCUCUUGGGAUCACAUCAACAUUACAAUUUUUGUCUCUUCAUAUAAUUAGCUUUGAUUUACAUGCCCUACAUAGGGUAGGAAAUCUAUAUAGGCAUAUGCAAAGCAACUUUUUUUUAAAUGUAAGGCCACACUCUUUAAAAAAACAACACACACAACUGUUUUAAGCCAAUCUGUGUUUGCUCAGCUUUUGCUACAUACAAUAUUCUACUGAGUUGUGUAAAUUUACCAGUCUUGGAGGGUUGUGAAGUAUAGAAUUCAGUUCUGUGGCAUGGAAUACUUCCAGGGGGGGAAAUAACUUCAAAUUAGUGUCCUUGGAGGACCAAUGAGAGCGUAUAUUCUCAUUUUUAUCUGUGAAGAAUUUACAUGUAUGACUCCAUUGGCUGGUAAUAGGAGUUGUUUGCAAAUACCUGAACACAGAGGUGAGUGUACCCUAAGCAGGUAAUGUUAAAUGUUUAAUUACUGUAAUCCUUUUAGGAUGCCAUGUCAAGUGAUGAUUGUGGGCUUUAUACCAUGAGCUGUCCUGGUAGUAAAUGCCCCACAGGAAAAUUUUUACUUCGCUUGUUUUCUAUAUGUGGUACCAUUGUUCUGUAUAAAUUCAUGCUUUCCAUUCAUUCUAGUUUUAGCCCAUUUUCAAAAUUUUAUAUUGUCUCAAACUAAAAUAAGAUGUAUUUUUUUUCUGUUAGUCUUUUAUAACACAUUCUUGAUGUUUGCCCAUUUUGUAAGUUAAUAGCUGUAUGGGAAAUUACCCCCCCCCCUUUUCUGUUUAGGUGUGAAAUUAAUAUGGUAUUCCAGUGAUCUCUAAUUUGAUGAUAAAUUUAGGUUGCUUUGAAAACCAAAGUUAAAAAGUUUUGCAUAUUCAGUAAAAAAGCUGGCAAUUCUUUAAUGUUUACCUGCAGAAUAAUUUGGGGAUUGAUUGGCAAAUCUGUAGUUAUAAAAUUAUGGUUUUCAAGUACCAGUGUUUAAAGAUAGCAUUCUUGUAAUUUUACACACUUUUUUGAUGGAGUAUUGUUUUGUUAUACAAUUUUGACUUUUAAGAUUCUUACUUCAAUUUGCAUUUGGUUAUGUAUAACCUCAGGAGAAUACGGAACAUCUGAUUUCCUGGUUGAUACUAAUAAAAUAAUAAUUACAGAGGUUUUA